AUGGCACAGUUUGUAGAUGAACCCCAGAGCUUUGAGGUGAAGUUUAAAUGUGUGGAGGACUAUUGCAUAGACCAGUACUACUUGAUGGAUCCAUCCUUCUCCAUGGAGGACAACCUGCCCGAUGUCAAGAAGUUGGGAGCUGAACUCAUGGAAGAGAUGAGGAAUACUACCAGUGACUUCAGAAUGGGUUUUGGUGCAUUUGUGGACAAGAUGGUGAUGCCGUACAUCAGCACUACAAAGGACAUGCUCAAUAACCCCAGUAAGAGGACCGAGCCCUGGCCCUGCACCCCUCCCUUCACCUACCACCACAUCGUGAGCCUCACAGCCAACAGAAGCCUCUUCACAGAGCAAGUGGGGGAGCAGCGGAUCUCGGGUAACCUGGAUUUACCAGAGGGGGGGCCGGAUGCCCUGAUGCAGGCUGCCGUGUGUGAGGAGCAGAUCGGCUGGAGGAAUGUGACUCGUCUGCUGGUGUUUUCUACUGAUGCUGGCUUCCACUUUGCUGGAGACGGCAAACUGGGCGGCAUCAUACUUCCCAACAAUGGAAAAUGUCACUUGCAUAAAAAUAUGUACACGACUUCCCUGUGUCUGGACUCUCCUUCGGUGGCUCACAUCGCCGAAACAUUGAGACAGAAGAACAUCCAGACCAUCUUCGCUGUCACCGAAGAGGUCACACACUUGUAUGAGGGCCUAAGAAGCAUCUUCCCAAAAUGGGCAGUCGGAACGCUUUCCAACAACUCCCACAACAUCCUGCAGAUAAUAGUCAAAGCGUAUAAUGCACUGACCUCUGAGGUUGUUAUGGAGAACAGCAAGCUGCCACCGGGCUAUCACACCUCCUAUACUUCCCACUGUAAGGACCGCAAGCCGAGGCACAACGAGCAGGGGAGGAAGUGCUCCAACAUUUCCGUAGGUGAUGAGAGAUUGCAUCUUGUGCAGGGCCUUCUCACUGGGCACGAAUCCAAAGAAGUGCAAGGCGAGGUGUGCACACCUGAACCUCACUCUGGUAGGUCAGGCUGGUGUCUUAGCAACAGUGCACCCCUCUCCAACCCUUCAGAGGUGUGUGGAAGUGGACACAGAGGGCUGCAGAGUGCACUUCCUGCUGAGAACUGGACAAAAAGAAGACUCUGUCCACGUUCAUGUAGCUCGUGAACGAGGAAUGCCCAUCAGGUCUGAAAGUGAUCCUGAUUACCGCAGUACUAUCAGCCUCUGUUGUGGUGCUGGGUGUGGCUUUGUUGCUGCUAUGGAAACUACUCACCAGUAUCCAUGACCGCAGGGAGUUUGCCCGCUUCCAGAGUGAGCUGGAGCAGAGACACUGGAACAAGAGGGAUAACCCCAUCUGCAAGAGUGUCAUCAUAACAGCUGUCAACCCGAAAUAUAAAGACCAGUAAUAGCAACCAAGGAAAGAGAUCUACUUUUCAAUCAGGAUCUCUGUUGUGAAGCACAAUAAAACAACAUCCUUCUUCUGAACUGUUGUCAGCAGUUGGUCCUACUUGUUUGGAAGGGGGGGGGAAACGGAUGUUUAUGUCUGACUUACUCUCCUUUACUCUCUGUUUUCCUUUGAAUAUGCAACCCCGGACUGCCAGUCUCCAACCCUUCCCUUGCCCUGCAUGCACUGCACACACACAAAUUCAAACAGCAUCCCCCACAUAAACUGCUUCUUAUACAAGGUUAGUUGUCUGUGGGAUACAUGCAAAGUUCAUUCCCUCACAUUAUUAAAAUCCCCCAAAGCUAAUUACAUAUAGUGUAAUAUUUUAUAAGGCAUAAGCAAGGAAAAUCUCACGUAUAUGCCGACGGUUGGCUCUGCUGUGGAACUUGGUUCCACAGUGAGCAUUCUGCAUUAUGUAUUGUAAUUCCAGUGGAGACACAGGUUUUUACCAUAGACAGUAUAAAAUACAUGGGUCGCCACUGCCCUCUAGAUGAGAGUAGAAGAAACUGUCAUCCUGCUGGAAAUGAUGAAGCACAUUAAUUUACAGUUCACCGUAGUCAGAAAAGAUGCUAUUUUGGACACCAACAUGAAUGUGACACUUGGUGCUUUUGUAUUCCAACAGACACCUGUGAAUUCAUCAAACAGAACACUGCAGGCUUGAUAUGGUGCAAUGUAGUGUACAACUUUAAGAGCAGCCAGUGUACGUGCCAGCCACUUUGCCAGUGCACUGGGCUAAAUCGUGUAAGCGCAGAGAAACAAUGGGAUGUUCAAAUCUAAAUGGAUAUUAGGGUUUUUCCACUGCCUACAGAUGGCUGCUGAUGACCUUGCAGGGAGAGUUGAACAAAGCGAUAUUAAUCAUAGCGAUGCCUCCUCCACUCCCAGAGUCACUGGGCAGGCGUGCAUGCAGCUUUAACAGCCAGUGGGUGGUGGGAGGUAGUGGUGGUGGUGGUGGAGCAUCAGAGAAAAUUACUCCAUAUGCUUCCACUAUGCAGCAUUCUCUUUCAUCUGUGUCUGAUCAUAAAAAAUGUGUGGUGCAAAUAUCACAGCUUCAGAGGAGGCAGCAGAGGCAGAGGCAGCCCUGCCCUGCCACAAGACUCAUGUGGAGGGGCAGAGAUGGGGGGAGUGGAGGGAGGUGACCAGCCCUGGAGACAGUUACAUAAUAAAAUACUGCAACCAUGUUGGAAAACACUGUAGCUGUUGCAUCUCAUCACUUGUUUGUCUGUGAAUGGCUUAAAUAAAUUAUUAUCAUUUUGUCAGUGGCUGCCUCUUUAGUGCAAACCCAAGUAUAUUUUUAUGUGAAGCCUUUGCUCUUCUACUUAUUUGAAUGUAUAAUUUGGACAAAUAACUGCAAUAAAAAAUUACAUUCUAAAAAAUCA